ACACCCACUCCUCUCGCUUCCGGUCCAACACAGCGGGCAUCAUCUCUCCUCUCCUCCUCUCCUUUCCUCCGCUGCACCCCCGGAUCCGCUCGCGAGCCAAACUGACACCAUCGCACGGAGAAAGGGAAGUGUCGGUGAUUUUUUUUCAGCGCUAAAGCUUCACACGUAGGCUGCUGUCUUCAUUGUGCGUUCAUCGGCUCUCUUUCACGCCGAGUAGAGAGAGAGAGCGAGCGAGAGAGAGAGGGGAAAGGGAGGGAGGAAGAAGCGAUAGAACACAGAACAUAAAGAGGAGAGGAGAAGGAGGAGGACAUUUCUGGAGGCAAACGGUGUGCAUGUGAAAACACAGGGACUAGGGGAGAGAUGGAGCCGGCCGAAAAGGUUCUGCGGGUCGCGUUGCUGUUGUUGAUGGGUACUGAACUGACUCAGGUAUUCCCAGCUAAUCCGGAGGAUGGGUGGCAGGUGUUCAGCUCGGCCCAGGACACUGAGGGCCGCUGUGUGUGCACCGUAGUGGCUCCUCAACAGACCGUCUGUUCCAGAGAUGCUCGCACUAAGCAGCUCAAACAGCUCCUUGAGAAGGUGCAGAACAUGACCCAGUCCAUCGAGGUCCUGGACCAGCGGACCCAGCGGGACCUGCAGUAUGUGGAGAGGAUGGAGGUGCAGCUGAAGGGCCUGGAGAACAAAUUCAAACAGGUGGAAGACGGGCACGAGAGCAACACCGCCAGACAGUACAAGGCCAUCAAAGCCAAGAUGGACGAGCUGCGGCCCCUGAUCCCAGUGCUGGAGGCCUACAAGGCCGACGCCCGCCUGGUGGUACAGUUCAGGGAGGAGGCAGCCAACGUGACGGCGCUGCUCAGCAACCUGCAGGAGCAGCUGGGGGGGCUGGACUACCAGGACCUCAACAGCCGCGUCUCCAACCUGGAGGAGCGCCUCAGGGCCUGCAUGCAGAAACUGGCAUGUGGCAAACUGACAGGGAUCUCUGAGCCCGUUACCAUCAAGACGUCCGGCUCCAGGUUUGGCUCCUGGAUGACCGACCCUGCGGCCCCUCCUGGGGACAACAGGGUGUGGUACAUGGACGGCUACCAUAACAACCGCUUUGUCCGCGAGUACCCGUCCAUGGAAGACUUCAUGACCACGGACAACUUCACCUCCCACCGUCUGCCCCACCCCUGGUCCGGCACGGGCCAGGUGGUGUACAACGGUUCCAUCUACUACAACAAGUUCCAGAGCCACACCAUCAUCCGCUUCGACCUGAGCACCUCGCUCAUCAGCCGCACUCGCCAGCUGGACUUUGCGGGCUACAACAACAUGUACCACUACUCCUGGGGCGGCCACUCCGACAUCGACCUCAUGGUGGAUGAGGGCGGGCUCUGGGCCGUGUACGCCACCAAUCAGAACGCGGGGAACAUCGUCCUCAGCCAGCUGAGCCCCAAUACGCUGCAGAUCAUCCGCAGCUGGACCACCAACCACCCCAAGCGCAGCGCGGGAGAGUCCUUCAUGAUCUGCGGAACGCUGUACGUCACCAACGGCUACUCCGGCGGCACCAAGGUGUACUACGCGUAUUCGACCAACUCCUCUGCGUACGAGUACAUCGACAUCCCUCUCAUCAACCAGUACAGCCACCUGUCCAUGCUGGACUACAACCCGCGGGACCGGGCGCUGUACGCCUGGAACAAUGGCCACCAAGUUCUCUACAACGUGACUCUCUUCCAUAUCAUAAAAUAAGGCAUAAUAUACAACACCUUGGACAGGACUUCAAAUAUAAUUUUAAAGUCAUCAACAAAGCAAUAGACACAUAAUUUGACACUAAUAAGUCUGUCUCGGGCCCAUUCAUUUGAGAGUACUCACGGUCACCGACACUGUCUAAUGUCAAGCUAGUCUACUAAGCAUUAAUUGUAUUAUUAUUUCUAACCACUUUGUUUAGUCAUUUUACUGUAAACCAUUCAGGCUAGUCCCUUAACCAUAAUUUAUUUUACUGCUCUUCUUUCAAGCUAAUCUCAUCACCAUAAAUCAAUUUAACACUAAGCAGCUAAGCUAACGGCUAAGAUAGCUAGUCCAGGGGUUCCCCAUCGCUUUCGGCUCAUGACCUCAUUUUGAGGUGUGCAUUUUACUGCACCUGUUUCCCCUAACAUUGUUUCAAGCAAAACAUCAUCUUUAUCUUCAACCAGAGUAAAGCAUCACUUGAAAACAACAUCUAAUGACUUUAUGAUAAAAAAAAUAAAGUUUAGUAUAGAUUUUUAGAUAGGAGAGCGCUUUGCAUGCUUCCAGUGAACACACAUUUUUUUCAUACGCGAGUAUUGUUUCUCAAAAUAAGCUGUUAAGCUAACAGUGUGUAGCCUUUGUUACAUCCAAAAGCACCAGCUUUCAUGUCGUAGCUUAGCUGGAUGCUAUACUUAGACAACCAGCACUCUUAUAUAUACACUGAGUGAGGUUUGUGUCAUUCACUUGAUCAAUACAUUAUUAUUACCUUAUCUCCACUGCCAUCUUUUGAUUGUGACAUUCACAGUAAUAUUUCACUAUUAUGUAUAGGAAAAGGUUCUCAAGUACUUAAAGCUACCAGAGAACCCAUGUGCUGUGUAAUAAAGUGAGCAGAUAUGGUUACCUUGACAAAUUAUAAUAAGACUAAUAACAACUAAUAGAUAUAUACCGUAAAUAGACAUGAUUUUUUUUUGUGAAGCACCUUUCAAUACUUAAGUUAGACAUUUCAUCACAUUAAACCAGGAUCACAAUGACAAUAUAAACAGGGUUACGAUGAAAAUAACACAUACAAGGAAUAAAAACUAAUUGAUAAAAGCAAAUAAAAUGGGAGGUUCCAGGAAUUAAGUAAAAUGGAAACAAUGGUAUUGUAGCUGUAAUUUUCAAUGAGAAGUUAACUUUAUGACUGACCCAUAAUUACAACUGGGUCACCUGCCACAUUGUCGAUCAAAUUGACACCUUUUGCAAACAUUUCCCUGCAUUAAAAUGAGUUAUGAUUAGAAGGGAGAGCCCCAAUAAGUUAGAAGUUAGCGAAGUGCGCUACCUGUCCAACCUGGUUUAUGUGGCAAUUAGACUGUUAAAUAUUCAUACACAAAUGUAUUAAGUUACAAUAAGGCUUUAAUGUUUGAAAAAGUCUGUAUGCUACAGUUCCUCAGUGCACUGUGAAUUUGUGCUUUUUUUUUAAUGAAAUUCUUUUUGUUAAAAAUAAUUGUUUUUAAGAUUUAGCUCCCUUUUAUAAUAGUUGAAAACCAUGAGUUAAUGACUCAAUGUUCUGUCGCCAAUGUGUGUAGGAGAAUUGAGUACGUAUUAAAUAAUUCGUUUUUAUUAAUAAUGCCAUUCCAUAUGAGAUGUAAACUGAUUGUUCAAGUAACAUUUUAGGUUAGGUGUACUGCGCAAAACUGCAAAGGGAAACAAGUAAACAAAAAAUGUCAACAAUAGUUUGUAAUUUUCUUUUUGACAAUUGAAUACAAAGUGAAUCGUGCCGAAUUUCUGUGUAGCAAUAUUUACAGAGUCAAUGCUUGAAUAAUUUCACAAUAAAUGUAUAUGAAUGGGU